CAACGGAACACGGCGGCGGCGGCGGUUGCCUUAGCAACGAGAGACGCAGAAGGAGAGAGGACGUUUAAAGAGGCAGCUGCUGGAAUAUUGUGCACUACUGGGGGUCCCUGUGUGCCGAUAGUUUUGAGGAUCGUUGAAGAUGGCGGAUACCCCGGCUGAGGCUGCACCGGAUCCCCGGGAGCUGCAGAUUAAAUACGCCAAAGCCUAUUUACUACAAGCGGGUCCGACCGGAGUCAGCCUAUAUGAACACCUCUCUGGCCUCCUGUCCCGGAUCUUGUCAGAGCGCCCCCCUAAUGCCCUGGACACCCUGGAGCAGAUGAGUGCAGAGCUGCACUGGUCUAGACUGCAGAAAGGACACGAAUCGCUGCGCCCGCUGACUGAAGACCCGCCCACUUUUAUCAAGGCAGAAUCUCACCGCGCGCUGUUCUCUCGCGGUACCGAAGAAGCUGACGAGAACGAAGGAGAUGGGGAAAUGACAGACUCCCCUCUUCCCAACCUGUACGACCUAGCUCAUCUUCUCCAACAAGGAGGAGUGAACAUAGGGCGAGAUGAGACAGUACAGAUCGCCCUUGCCAUGAAACGACUCACUGAUACCCGUCCACUCCUGUCUUGUCGCUUCUGGGGCAAAAUCUUUGGGACAGAGGGUAGUUAUUUGGUUGCAGAAGUACAGUUUCGUGAAGGUGAGGAUGAGGAGGCAGAGGAGGAAGCAGAAGAAGAGGAGAAAGAGACCCCGGAUGAACAGGAAGAUGAGGAGGAAAAAGAAGAGGCAGAAGACUUGCCCCCUAAAUCUACCCACCACCCUCCCCCUGUAGUGCCCCGAGAGGAAAAUGGUGCAGGAACCAAUAAAUAUGUAUACUUCGUAUGUACUGAAGCCGGGGCAGAAUGGAUCAGACUUCCACCAGUAACACCUGCACAGAUCACAGCUGCUCGAAAGAUCAGACGUCUCUUCACUGGAAAUCUUGAUGCCCCAGUCAUCACAUAUCCACCAUUUCUGGGAACAGAAGCUAACCUUCUACGUGCACAGAUUGCCCGGAUCUCUGCAGGGACCCAUGUCAGUCCCCUGGGCUACUACCAGUUUGGAGAAGAGGAAGGUGAAGAAGAAGAGGAAGGGGCAGCAAGGGACACCUAUGAGGAGAACCCAGAAUUUGAGGGUGUUCCAGUGACUGACCUGGUGGAGAGCUUGUCUAAUUGGGUUCACCAUGUCCAGCAUAUUCUACCACAGGGUCGUUGUGUUUGGUUGAAUACAGCUGUAAAAUCUGAGGAGGAAGGGGAGGAAGAGGAAGGAGAGGAGGAAGAAAAGGAAGAUGAAGAAGAACCAGAACCUGAAGUGGGGCCACCACUUCUUACCCCACUCUCAGAAGAUGCAGAGAUCAACAAUACACCUCCGUGGACAGCGCACUUUUCCUCCCAGCACAUCCCUCAGUACGCUCUUGCCGUUCUCCGCUCUAACCUGUGGCCUGGUGCUUAUACUAUUUCUAGCUCCAAGAAAUUUGAAAACAUCUACUUUGGUUGGGGUAUAAAAUACAGUCCUGAAGGAUACAGCCCCCCUGCUCCACCUCCUCCCCAACCAGAGUACCCAAGUGGGCCGGAGAUUAGUGAAGGUGUAGACCCCACUGUAGAGGAGGAACAAGCUCUAAAGGCUGCACAGGAAGAGGCUGCAGCUGCUGCUGAAGAGGCAGAGGAUGAAGAAGAGGAGGAGGAAGAGGAUGAGGAUGACUGAGAAAUUAAUCUAUUUUUGUUUCUUUCAGUUACGUACAUUAAAGCUGUCAUUU